UGCAUUGUGAGUCCUGCCUGCUGCUGGUUAGUCACAAGUCAUGCAAUAUUGAAGCAGCAGCUUUUUGUUUUAACAGCUUGAGGCUGGCCAGAAGAUCAGCUAGCUUUCAGGCGAACAGCCGAAAACAAGUUGGCUGCCUGCGGGGGAAACGGGAGAACUGAUGCUUCUUUGUGAGCGGAAGAGAGCUAUGCUGUCAGACUGCAUAAACCACCAUGACGGGCUGAUCACGAUCUCGGAUUCCUCGGACGAAGAGUUUCCUCCGUUGCUAGAUGCAGGGGCCCGGCAGCGGCAGGAGGAAGAGGACGACGAUGUCGUCAUCCUUCAGGAGACCCCGAAACAGCAACUUCUGCGACCCAAUGUCAUCCGGCCAGCUGCUCUGUGGCAACGUGCCAAGAAGUUGGGAGAAGGCGGACCCAAGCUGAUGAGGCCCAUAGACUUGCAAGAGGAGGUUCUGUCUCUUCCAUGCCAAGGAGCCCAGCAUAAUCGCAUGGCAGAGACUGGUGCAGGGCCAAGCAAGGAUGUAAAUGGAAACCACUCUCCGCAGCUGCCCGGCCCCUCUGAACUCAGCCGGUAUCCUCUCAAACAAGAGGGUGACUUGGAGCCAGGUCCAAGUGUGUUUGAAGCAGUAAAGACCAGUCCUAGACUCAGGAGCAAAAGGGAGAUUAUUAAUCUGGAAGAAGCUGACUUCCAACCAAAACAGGAGGAAAGCGUGGAAACGGGGGGCCAAAAGCAUGCAGACUUGGGGACAGAGCUCUUACAAAAUCUCAGAGGAGCAGCUGUCGCUGCAGCAACAGCAGCAACGAACGGACAGUCCAACCAAGGUAGCACCCGGUUGGAUCCAUCACGUUGUAAGGCUGCGGACAGGGGAUCACAUCCUGUAGUAAACUGUUGUGCUCCUCAGCUGGGGCAGGCCGAAGCAGAACUGGGUUCUUUGCCAGUGGCCUACCGGGAGGAGACCCCUGGGCCAGCCUUUCCCAGACCUGAACCACAGCAGGAUGGGAUUCCUGGUCCUGCUUCUCCUCAACCCGCUCACCCGCCAGAAGAAACAAAAGGCCACCCAGCAGCAAUAGACAAUGAACAGCCAGGCCCAGCCUUCCCAGCACAGGGGUCGCAUGAGCUGGGCUCGGGUAAUGUUCCAGAGCAAGGAGCUGCUGGGCAGGACAAAGAACUCACUGCAUUGCUCAUCAGAGAGACGGAAGUAAGAUUCCCAGAUGCGAAGAGGGAGUAUAUUGAGGAAUUAAUUCUCAUCAAGAACUGCUGCGACUUAAAUGUGCUUUGUAAUUUUCUUCUGGAAAAUCCAGAUUAUCCAAAGAAGGAAGGCAGAGUGGUUUUAAAUCCCAAUAGCAGCCUGCUCGCCAGCCAAGAUGAGACAAAGGUGCCUAAAGUGGACUACUUCGACUUUUCUAAGCUUGCCCCUCUUGACCAGCGAUGCUUUAUCCAGGCAGCCGACCUCCUUAUGGCUGACUUCAAAAUGCUGAGCAGCCAGGACAUCAAGUGGGCUCUGCACGAACUCAAGGGACACUAUGCAAUCACACGCAAGGCCUUUUCAGAUGCCAUCAAAAAAUGGCAGGAACUGUCUCCUGAAACCAGUGCGAAGAGAAAAAGGAGGAAAGAAAUGAACCAAUAUUCUUAUAUAGAUUUCAAAUUUGAGCAAGGCGACGUGAAGAUUGAGAAGCGGAUGUUCUUCUUGGAGAACAAGAGGCGGCACUGGCGAUCCUAUGACAAGCGCUCGCUUCUCCCGCCAGUGUUGUUAGAGCAGCAGUUCUAUGAGCAGAAAGUUAAAGAGAUGGCAGAGCAUGCAGACUUCCUCCUUGCUCUGCAGAUGAAUGAGGAGCAGUAUCAGAAGGACGGGCAGAUGAUAGAGUGCCGCUGCUGCUAUGGGGAGUUUGCAUUUGAAGAGCUGACGCAGUGCGCAGACGGUCACUUGUUCUGUAAGGAGUGCCUAAUCAAAUACGCUCAGGAGGCCGUCUUUGGCUCUGGCAAGUCAGAACUUAGCUGCAUGGAAGGGAGCUGCACAUGUUCAUUCCCAACCAGCGAGCUAGAGAAGGUUCUUCCAGAGAACAUCCUCUGUAAAUACUAUGAGCGGAAAGCAGAGGAGGAGGUUGCUGCUGCCUGUGCGGAUGAGCUUGUCAGGUGUCCUUUCUGUAACUUCCCUGCUCUGCUGGACAAUGACGUGAAGCGAUUCAGUUGUCCCAACCCUCGCUGCAGAAAGGAAACCUGCAGGAAGUGCCAGGGGCUCUGGAAGGAGCACAUGAACCUCACCUGUGAGCAGCUGGCUGAGAAGGAUGACAUCAAAUACAGAACAUCAAUAGAAGAGAAGAUGACAGCAGCGCGCAUUAGGAAGUGCCACAAGUGUGGGACUGGCCUCAUCAAAUCCGAGGGCUGCAACCGCAUGUCCUGCCGCUGCGGCGCUCAAAUGUGCUACCUCUGCCGAGCUGCCAUCAAUGGGUAUGACCACUUCUGCCAGCACCCACGUUCGCCGGGGGCCCCCUGCCAGGACUGUGCAAAAUGCUCUCUCUGGACGGACCCCACGGAAGAUGACGAGAAGAUAAUUCAGGAGAUUCAGAAGGAGGCUGAAGAGGAGCAAAGGAAAAAAAACGGAGAAAACAGUUUCAAGCGGAUCGGCCCGCCCGUGGAAAACCCCGCAGAGAAAAUCCAGCGAGUCGAAGCCAUCCCGCGACCAGUCCCCCAGAACCUGCACCAGCCUCGAAUGCCCCCGUACCCCUUUGUGCACCCACCCUUCCCGCUGCCGCCCGUCCGCCCAUUGUACAACAACAUCCCCCUCAACAUAGGGCCCAUCCCCGCCCCGUACGUGCCCCCCUUGCCCAACAUGCGGGUGAACUACGACUUCCCCCAGAUCAACCUCCCGCUAGAGCACAACUUGCCUAUGCACUUUGGUCCACAGCCUCGGCAUCGGUUCUGACCCAGGUCCAACAGCACUAGUAGUGGAGUCACUGCAGGGAGAAGCCCCCCCUUGCACCCUCUUUUCCCCAACGCCACGUCCCCCUGGCCUUUCAGUUGGCUGCCAGGGGAGUAGCUGGAGACGCCCUUCCUUUGUAGCUAAAGAUCCAGAUCUUUGUAAUUAAACACUUAGUAAUGAAAUGCUCUGUUCCCUUAAAACGGCUGCCCCCCCUGCUCAGCCUCUGGAGCAGAGUGGCCACACAGGCCUGCAGAGCUCAGGUAUUGCCUCGCGGAGGGUCUGCCUCCAGGACAGGCAUCCGGCUGCUUUUUGUUUCACAAAGGCCUUUCACUGGCUCUUGAGAUGGACAGUGACAGGUUCAGUAUGGAGCGCAGGGGCACAACAGUGCUGCUAAACACUUACUGUGUUACUCGAAUCUAAGACUAGGCUCUCCCCUACCCCACCCCCAUUCAGCAUGGAUUUGAGUGCAAAGGGGGGCGAGGGCAGGUGGCUGCUGCAGCUCUGGCUUCAGCCCUGAGCUCAGGUCGGUGCCAGAGUUGGAGCCACAGGAGCUGCCUGCCCCCGCAGCCAGAAAGGGGGCAGCGGCUGCAAGGGGAAGGUGCUGUGGGGGGGCACAGGCGGCAGGGGGCAGGCAGCACAGGGAAGAAGUCACAAUUAUUGCGGUAGGUGGCUGUUGCCCUCCGGCAGAUGGGCAUUUGGAUACAAAGCAGAAAUCUCAUGCUGGGAUGCAGCAACCAUCUUGCUGCAAAAUUCCUGCUCAGCCCAUAGCGCAGAAAACCAAGGAAGGAGGCCCCGGGUGUGUAACCUUGUCUGCCUAAGAUGAUUUAGGGCACUUGGGUUCUUGGGGGUUGAGAUGCAUCCAAGGGGAAACCCAGGCUCCCCCUCAGUGACUCUAGCUGGGCUUUCAGGUAUCUCCAGUCAGUUCUGAAGAUCUCAGUUGCGGUCGUAGCUUCCUGCACGGUCAGUCCUUUAAACCGCACUGAUUUCUAGUGCCGCUUAUGGGAUUAAUGCUGCAGCCUAGCCACUUGCAGCAUUUCUGACUUAUGAAAACCGAUGUUUCGGCUUCAGUGGCUCUAGAAGACCUCCUUCAACCAUGAUCUCUGACGUUGCUGCUUCUGGCAAAAUGGGUGCAUAGAACAGACGGGUUUCCUUUAAGAAGCAAUAUCCAUCAAGCUAGCUCCUGCAGCUGCCCUUGCCCUUAGCUAUGUCCUCAGUUUAGGACUGGUUAGCUUGAGCUGGCAGCAGCCUGUAACUCAGGAGAGGUAUUGCAGGUUGGCUGUAGCCUGUGUGUAAGUCGAGCGGAGGAUAUGAAUGUGUGGGGUGUGCUCCCUGGGUACACGCUAUGGUUGUUGCCACAUUGGAAGCUGAAGUCUGCCCAAACUCUGGCCAUAGCGACUGGCUUGAGCCCACUCUCCUUAAAAUGGGAACUGGGAGAGGACAUUUGUCCAAAAACAAACUAGUUUUUUUCAGUAAAACUAGACUGUGAUGCAGUAAUUCCCCAAAUCCUUGGUUUCUGUUCCCAUUGUUCAGUCUCUUCUUUGGGGAGCAGGAUCAGGUUAAUGUCCUGUCAUUGAUUCCUUCUCUAAGUUAACACCCAGGAUUUCUUUACAAGUGAAAUUCUCUGUCUCUAGAUUCAUGAGUCCUGUCUGCCUCUUCAUACCCUCUCUGUGCAAGCUGUGAUCUCUGAAUAUUGAACAAGCAGGGAAUCGGGGCUGUAGAGGCUGGCAGCUGCAGGAAGCUUUAUAUUGUGUCACGGGCUGUGAAAGGAGAAGAAAGAACUAGGGUGACUGGUGAUUAGAUGGUAGGGUGCUCCCAAAGGAUAUGUAGCAGCCUCUGCUGUGGCUUUGAGCAGUUUCUGGCUGGGCAGAGGAGGAUGAUUUCACUGCUGUCCGCGGGCUAGGUGGCUCCAAGAUGCACCCUGCGCCCAGCAGUUUCUCCUCGCUCUCUUACUUUAUAUAGGCUGAAAUACGCCGCGCUCAGUGAAUGUUCCAGCCCCUCCGAGUACCUUCAUCUCUGUAGCAUUAGUUACCAAGGGGUUAGCUCGUCAACAUUGCUGCUAAAGUUUUUAGUAUGUUAGACAAGAGCACAGGGGCCGUGGUGGCCCCUUGAAUACUGCUUGACUGUUUUAUUCAGGUUGAACUCUACAUCUUUCAUCCAAAAUAGCCAGGGGCAGCUGAGUUGUUGCACUGUUGGGAUUGGGGAGGUGUAAAGGGGUGGUUGGAUUUGCUCUUGUAAAGUUGGUGAUUCUUCCAGUUUGUUAGUAGCCAGAUGGAAGGGGCUUGACCACGUUCCCUCCUCUCCUGGAGGCUCCCACCAGACAGAAGAAGCUGUGGCCGCAGGGUAAGUCCUGUCAUUUCAUAGCUGCUUCAAGAACCUCCAAAAGGGAGGGCACUGUAUGUCCUGCUCCCUUUCCUCUCUCCUGUCAGUGCCAGUGCUGCGGCUGGAGCUCAGCUUCUUGGCAUAGCCUCAUCUGCUCACGCUUAGCAUUACAGCCUAUAUUUGCUCCAGGGCCUGGGGGCACUACAAGCAUCAUGCCCCGUGGCGCUGUGCUACGUCCUAUCUACCCAGCUGGGGAAGGACGCUCAUGUAUUUUGAAAGGCGUCUCGCUCAUCUGCUGGAAGACUAGAGACAACAAGGCUGGUCUAGUUUUACAUGUGACUGGAGCAAGGAGGGAGGGAGCUGAGUUUGCACUACUCACUGUAGGAACAAAACAACAGGGGUCCAAGCACAGUGGAAAUCAGUCAGUGCCAGCUCUGUGAUGCCCCAAACCUGCAUUGCCAUUAGCUAGAUGUCCUAAGCAGCACGGAGCCUCUUGAGCAAGGGCUGCUAUGUGUGCGUGGUAUUCAGCUCCUGGUUGUGCUGACCAUACAUGUAAAACUGACCUGGAGCCUUUCCUGUGGAUGAGUGAGAAGCAGUUGUCUUUUACAGCAGUGAAUUCCUGUCCUCAGCAAAGAACCAAACCAUCUUGUAGUCCUGCGGUUGAACCUCUGAAGGCUUUCCAUUACUUUUUGUCACGGAGAGAUUCUCUUGGCUGCCUUCGCAAGCCUCCUCUACAGGCAUUGGCAGGUCAGUGAAUAGAAAAGAUGUGAGGGUGGGGAGUAGAUCCCCGAGCUGGCUGCCCAGUGGCUGUGGCCUUCACUUGAAAUAAGUCUGGUCCCCUGGAAUGACUCUGCUGCUCCUCAUCUCAUCCACGUGAUUCCUAAACAAAGCAAUCGCUCUCCAUAAAAGCCAGUGGUAAUUCUCUCCAACCCAGUGCCUUUUUGGGGGUAGGAGGGAAGGAAGUGUGUCCCUUAUUCUUCAUGUGUUGCACAAGGCCUCCUGUAAGUUUUUUUCUGAUCAAGCACAAUUACUUCAAAUGCAGUUAACACAGAGAACAGUUUGCCAUGUUCCCUCUUCCAGCAGUGGAAGAGGCAGAGCAGGAAUAGCUGCACAGCUCGACAAACCCUCCACUCAAAAAUCGGAUGUUAGGAAUCGUUGGCUUGAUGUUCUCGCACUUCUCCCUGCAGGUACACUAGACUGCUGUCGCUCAGGAUGACUAGACCCACCGCUCCCAGCUGUGCACUCACCCUGAAGCCCAUUGAGGCUGCAUCUCUAACAUUUAUCACAUUUAACUUGGUUGCAGCUCCAGUUUGGGUGCAGAUAGUCUCUUCAGCCUAAAGUGGAAAGGUUUCUUUUACAUGCAGUUAACUGUCCCUUUGCAGUUCCCCUCUUGCAGUCUGAAUUCAUGUGGAUAGCAAGGGUGUUUGGACUAGUUGCUUGAGUCGAGCGCAGCCUCUGGUCUUAUCACAGGUGUUAGUGGGGCGUGGAGAAGAGAAGUAGCUUUACAAUGCACAGAGGCUUGUGCAGUGGAGCCAUAUGGGAACAAUAGAGCUUAGACCAGGGCAAAUUCUUGACAUCUGGGAGCCAGGUUAUAGUGCAAGUUUACUCGGGGGCUGGAUAGUGAGCUGCCCGCAGCCAGGCUAUUUCUGCCUUGCGCCCACAGAGGGGGACUAGAGGCCCUGUAAAGACAGUCUUGUUCAGAGUCAGUUAGCAUGCACACAGCCCUGUGCAGCUGGGUCCAGCUCUUUUGUAGGCCAUCGGCUACCACUUGGAUGCCUUGGUUUAGCCCAUUAACAAAUCUAAUGACCAGUCCAGUCUUGCAGGUUUGUAGUAAUUCAGCUGUGUUUGUCUUUCAGUCAGGUCAGAGAGUCUUGAGAUGGGAGGAGAGACAUUAAGUGCAGUAGCCAAGGCAAGUCCCAGUGUGUGUAGUUAUUCUGCUGUUGAUCAUGAACAUUAAAGGCAAGCCCUGGUCCCACCCCAUGAGCAAGCUCUGGGCCCUCUGGGUAUGAGCGCAGUGGGUCUUACUCUUCCCUCAAGGUACAGGCCCCUGUUUGAGGCCGGUGGCACAUUGCAGUGCUCGAUGCGAUUGAUGGCCAAGAGGCGCUACCAAUGCCUUUGCACAGUGUGUGCCCGGGUGGUUCUUGCCAGCUGGGAAACGUGUUUGGAGUUGUAAGGAAAGCCUGUGUAGCUGGGGGGAAAGAGACCCAUCUUCCCCCUUCGCUGUAGCGAGGGCCUGUGUUUCCCAAGAGGAGAGAAGUUGGCUCUAUCAAAGCAACACACAGCCCCAUUAGCGGCUGCAGUGAGCCAGGCCGUGCAAGGAGCCCAGGUGAGCUCUUCAUCCAGCUUCCCCCCCUUCACCUUUCAGUCCUUGCUCUAGCUAGGCUGAUGCUUUGAGCACAAAACAAAUUCUGGACUAGGAAUUUCCCUGCAGCCAGAGGGAUGCGGGGCUGCCCCUUCCCUACCAUCUCACCAGUGAUUUGUGAGCAGUUCAUAGGCUUGGCUGUCUCUUGGGCUAAUGGGGACACUUAGGUUCCUUACUACUCGCCAUUUAAUCACAGUUAACAGAAAAGUCUUAGGUUCUCCCGACUUUCAUGUCCUCCUCCCCACAUUUCUUUAAAUCCUGCUCUUUACAGGAGAAGUGUCCAGUGUGCCCAUGUUGAUAUUGUAACAGGUACUUUUUAUGAUCGAUUGGAGCAUCCCAUUUUACUUGCCUUAAAGGUGGAGAGAGAAACCUAGUAUUUGCACUUAGCAAAACAUUAUAUUAAAAAAAAAACAAAACCCUGUAAAAAUAAAUUGUGCAUGUUCUGCAACUUUGUAUAACAAUAGCUGAAAAAAUGAAUAGGUGGUUUAUUACAAAAAUAUUUUUCUUUACCUUCUGUUAGUAAACGGUUCUAAUAUCCUGUGUGUAAAAAGUUCCUGUAUUAUACUGUAAUUUGAAUUUUUUGUAAAUAAAUUUGUGCACUCUGA